AUGCCAAGGUCUCUUUGUAACUCUUGUGGUCUCAGAAGCCGAAACUGCCAAUGUGACCAGCAACUUUCAACCACCGGAAACGCAAACGCAAACGGUAACGACGGAGACAGAGCGUUCAAGCUUACUCCAGCCACCUUCUGCGUUUGCUACCUCACUACCGUUUUCGCAUUCACAGGAUUCUUUAUCAUCUUACCUUUGACUCUAGGCUCUCUGAUCAACUCCCCAAACGUUUGUUACUUGGAGGUCUUUGUCGACUCUUUAUCCGUCUCUAAUGCAUCGACCGCAAACGCAAACGCAACCGUUGAUUGGAACGUCCGGUUUUUGGCGAAGAACAACGGAUGUAAAACCUCUCUACAUACAAUCAAAUCGCGUCUCUUCCGUGGAGACAAGGUUAUCUCCGAGUCAUCCACGCCGGAUAUUUUCGGUCUACGUGUCCAGGCCGUAUCUAGCGUUCAGGUAAACGAUGGUUCCGAUAUUACAAAUGGUUUCUUGAACUUGAACUGCGUCGAUAUACCGGUGAGUUUCACGGUGGAUCCUGCCGGACAUGUGAAGGGAUCGUUGCUCGGAUAUAUGAGGCCGUGUGAGUAUUUGUUCCGGAAGAAUUAUACGGGCACAUCCUUUUAG